CGGGGCCGGGGGGGGGCCGGCGGCAGUCGGGGCUGGGCCAUGGAGCGCGGAGCUGCUCGGGGCUUCCUGGCGCCUUUCGGGCAUUUCGCCACGCAGGCCAUCCACGCCGGGCAGGAGCCCGAGCAGUGGCGCUCGGGGGCGGUGGUGCCGCCGCUGUCGCUCUCCACCACGUUCAAGCAGCGGGCCCCCGGGCAGCACGCGGGCUAUGAAUACAGCCGGAGUGGAAACCCCACCCGGAACUGCCUGGAGAAGGCCGUGGCUGCGCUGGAUGGAGCUAAAUACUGUUUAGCCUAUGCUUCUGGCUUAGCUGCUACUUUGAAUAUUACUCACCUGUUAAAGGCAGGAGAUACAAUUAUCUGCAUGGAUGAUGUCUAUGGAGGUACAAACAGGUACUUCAGGCAAGUAGCCAUGAAGAUGGGUAUAAAUGUAGUUUUUGUUGACUGUACAAAAUUGAAACAGCUGGAAGCUGCAAUUACACCAGAAACUAAGCUUGUUUGGAUUGAAACACCCACAAACCCCACGCUGAAGGUCAUUGAUAUUCAGGGCUGUGCCAAUGUUGUACAUAAGCAUAAGGAUGUUCUUCUGGUAGUAGACAACACUUUUAUGUCUGCAUAUUUCCAGCGUCCAUUGUCCCUGGGGGCUGAUAUUUGCAUGUAUUCUGCAACCAAGUACAUGAACGGGCACAGCGAUGUUGUAAUGGGGCUUGUUUCAGUGAACUGUGACGACCUCUACGAAAGGCUCAAAUUCUUACAAAACUCUCUUGGAGCUGUCCCGUCUCCUUUUGACUGUUACCUGUGCAACCGUGGUUUGAAGACACUGAAGAUCCGGAUGAAUCAACAUUUCCACAAUGCCCUAGCUGUUGCUCGGUUUCUUGAGUCAGAUUCCCGGGUGGAGAAAGUCAUUUUCCCUGGAUUGCCUUCACACCCUCAGCAUGAGCUGAUCAAGCGGCAGUGCACUGGCUGUCCUGGGAUGAUAACCUUUUACAUUAAAGGAAAUCUUGAACACGCUACUGCCUUUCUCAACAAUUUAAAGGUUUUUGCACUGGCUGAGAGUCUGGGAGGAUAUGAGAGCCUAGCAGAGCAUCCAGCCAUCAUGACUCACGCGUCAGUGCCUAAGGAAGAUAGAGAUGCUCUUGGAAUCAGUGAUACAUUAAUUCGUCUGUCCAUUGGUUUGGAAGAUGAAGAAGAUUUACUGGAAGACCUAGAUCAAGCUCUGAAAGCUGCAUUCCCAGACCAUAAUGCUUUGAAGUGACAACUGAAAGCUGAAGUUGGACGUUAGAAAUCGAAACAUCUAAAGAAGAUGACACGGAAAGCCAAAUUGCUAACAAUUUUUCUUUGAUUUGCCUUUGAGAAUUGAAAUCUGUUCAAUCAAACUCUGGAUGCCUAGGGAGUUCUCACUUUGUACCUUGUGUCUGGCUGUACGUUGCUGUGCACCAUGGCACGUAGCCUGUGGUCUCCCGUGUGUCUGUUUCUGCUGUAUUGUAAUCCUCUGUCUUUGGAAUUUAUGGGGUCAGUAACGCGUGUUUGAGAGCAGCCGUGAUACACACUCAGGAAUAUUAUCUUGGUUCUCUCCAGGAAGAUGAAUGUUGCUCAUUUGUCUUGCUAAUGCUGCAAGGGUAUUAGGUCAGUAGGGUUUGUUUCUGUUACUGCUCUUCAGGAUGCAAAAUUAUUUGUUCUCAUCACUUCUAAUCCAACGGUCCAACUUGAAUUAUGUUGAUAAAAUUCAGAUUUUUAAAAAUCAAGUAUUGAAAUGUGUAGUACUUUUUCACCCCAUGAUAUCGUAUGGAGUAUUGAAACUAAAUCCAAUACCUGGUAAACAAUGGUAGCUUUUUAAAGGUGAUUCUCUGACUCAAAAAAAAAAAAUAAAAUCAUGUAAUGCUAAUUGUACUAAUGAUUUGGUUUAUAGUUAGAAUUGGGAUCGUUUUGAUUAAAAUACGCUUUUGAUUUCCCUGA